CAUUCGAAACCCCAAAAUUUUGUGUCACCGGAUAGAUUGCACAAGAUAGUAUGAGAACUCAUUCAGGUACCUCAAUUCGACGGCCCUCAUAUUUCAUAUUUGCUGCAUAUGAACGUUAAGAAAUGGUCAAAGCAUUGUAAGAGGAAAUGCUUUCUAUGAUAACAACAACGUGUGCACCGCCCAAAAAGGUCGAGGUUGUUGACAAAAGCAAAAAGAAUAAGGUAGAGAUGGCGCCAUCCGAUCAGCUCAUCAUGUAUAUGAGCCCGAAAGAGGUAAUGAACGACCCAUUAGGUGCCCUUGCUUCCGCUGCUCUUGCCGCGGAAGCAUCUGAAGCGUCCUGUUCCGACGCGUCGAAGGACGCCACAAAGAAAGAGCCGACGACAGUGAAAACGGAUUCGAGGAAAGCAGCCGAAAUGGAGGGAGAAAACGKGACUACCAAGACGUCCCAGACCACCGGCAAGAAAACCGAGGAAGAAACAGCGGAUAGCGAAACCAUAGCGAAGCAGACAAUACCUCCAACAAUCACAAUUCGGAGAGAACUUUCUCUCACCGAUUCGAACCGGCCUAGCAAGAGUGCCCAUCCACAGCACAUCUAUCCCCAGGUACCUGUUGCUGGGUAUUUUGGACCCUUGCCGGGGCAUCCCCCUCAUGCACCAGUUCCUCACGCACCGCCACAUGCCGGAUACUACCAAGCUGCAUACGGUCCAUGGGUUGGAUAUGGAGAGCAUCCGAGUGCUCCUGUGCCUUACGGAUCACCCGUACACUGGAAGCAUCCCCACGCACCGCCACCCCCCCCUCCACAUGCACAUGCACAUGCGCAUCCGCACCCGCGUCCACACCCACACCCACACCAUGUUGUAUACCACGACGGUCACUACUAUCCCCCACCCCAUCCUCCUCCCGCCCCUCAAUUUGGGUUUGCGCGUUCUAUUACAGCGGACAGUCCAGCCCGGUCCAUCACAUCACCAGCACCUGAUCACGAAGGCGAGGGCUCUCGUAAACGAAAGCCCAGCACCAAAGAGUAUUCUCCCUCAAAUUCACCUCCAAGCCUGGUAAGGACUUCUCCUCCUCUCCCUGAGAUCUCUCUGCGCAAACAAACAGCUCAUGUCGACAGUAUUCGUUCCAAAGAAGUCAAAAGCUGUAGCGACAACCGUGCGGUUUUCAAGCGAAGAGCUUCGAUGGGCAAGUGGACCGAAGAGGAAGACGAAUUGCUUCGAGAAGCCGUUGCCGACUAUGGAGGAAAGAGCUGGAAGAAAAUUGCCGGACGCCUAACUGGAAGAACAGAUGUACAGUGCUUGCAUAGAUGGCAAAAAGUGCUCAAACCGGGAUUGAUCAAGGGACCCUGGACUCCCGAAGAAGACGGAAAAGUUAUCGAGCUGGUGAAAGUGCAUGGAAAUAAGAAAUGGAGUUUCAUCGCCCGUCAGCUGAAAGGCCGACUAGGGAAGCAGUGCCGAGAGCGAUGGUACAAUCACUUAAAUCCAGAUAUCAACAAAGGAGAGUGGACGAACGAAGAAGACAAAAUAUUAAUCCAAGCUCACUCUGAGCUUGGAAAUCGGUGGGCGGAAAUUGCAAAGCGUUUAUCGGGAAGAACUGACAACGCUAUCAAAAACAGGUGGAAUUCAACACUGAAGAGGAUUAUGAGUAAAGACGCCUCUCCCGAGUCAAAGAAAAAGCGCAAGGUAUUGGUCGAUGGACUCGCCGAUAGCCAACCUGUCAAAAAGGAUCGCGAGGGAACAGAAUUCAGACCCAAAGCGAAGAAACAGAAAUUGCAGACUCGACACGAGCUUGCAGCCCACACAUUGAGUGACUUGUCGUCACCAUCCAAAUCAAGAGGCACUUCCGGGGUAGAUUUGCCUCAAAAUGGAAAUAAUGACAAAAAGAGCAAGUCGAUUUCAACCAAUGGGGUUAUUUCCAGAUCAUCAGCUGCUGGUCUAGAAAGUGAUGCAGGUUUGCUUCUGGGGAUGAAUAAGGGAUCGCCUGUUUCAUCGGUAUCAUCUUGAAACAGAGUACCAUUAGCAAAACAGAUCUGACAUCGAAUGAAUCCUUUUGAUUACA